UUCUAGAGUGUGACGUUUAUCAAACUCCCCAAUAAAAAAAACUGAUAUUCUUAUUUUUGCUAGUGUUAUGCCUUAAACCAUGGUAACUUGAGACAAUCUUUUACAAGAUGUUGCCGAAUUUUUGUACGUUAAACGACAUCUUAAAAUUUCAACAUUUUAUACAUUCAUAAGAGAUGUUGGAUUUUACCAUUCACAGUUUAACAAAUUCUAUAAUAAGAUCCAACAUAAGAUCUGACUACGUUCCACGAACCAGACUCUGUUACCAGCAAUUAUAUAAAAAAAAUUAAGACAGUAUAAAAUAGCCCUGAGCUAUUUUUGUCAUUUUGUUAUAGGAAUCUCCAUUAAUAAUCAAAAAAGCAUCUUCACUACUAUUAAAUUAAUCAAUUACAUAAACAAAUAGACAUACCUAGAGAGAAGGUCAAAAGCAUGGCCAAUCCUCUGAACCUCACUUCCAACUCAUUCUUCUUCAUCUUCACCUUAACCAUCCUCUAUGUAGCUUACACCUUCCCUAGACUCCAACCAAACCAAACCAACCUCGUCUUCUACGUCCACGACCACUUCACCGGCGAAGACUCCACAGCAGCCACUGUUGCUGGUAAAACCGGACCCACCUCAAGUAUCCUACGCUUCGGCACCGUGGCAAUAGUCGAUGAUCCAGUAACAGAAGGACCAACAACAGAUUCAACACUCAUCGGUAGAGCUCAAGGCGUGUACAUAAACUCACAGCUUGAUGGCAAAGCGUUGUACAUGGUUUUCUCAGUUAUAUUCACAGCUGGUGAGUUCAGAGGAAGUAGCUUAGAGAUUCAAGGAUCUGAUAUAUUUGGACUGAAGGAACGAGAAUUUGGAAUUGUUUCUGGCACUGGUUAUUUUCGGUUUGUUAAAGGAUAUGGAAUUAUGGAAACAGAGUUCAUGGAUUUAGUUAAUCUCAGAGCCACUCUUAAACUCAAUGUAACAGUUAAACAUUAUUAGAACUUAGAAAGUUUAAACAAGAAUAGUUAAUUGGAGUAGUUGUAAUCUACAUCAGCAAAUAUGCAAAAGUUAUGAACCUUUG